AGAGUCCUGUAAUAUCGGCGAAUUUUAAGUAGCAUGAUGUUUCUUGGCAAGGCGCUAUCGUGGCUCUUUGUUUCAUGUGUAAUAUUUACUAGCAGUAAAGCUUUUCAAAAUGAUUCCCAGGAAAUUGUAGUUAGUUUUGAAGACUCUUGUGCAAAUCGUUGCUCGGCAACCAGGCUGAGUCUCUUGGACUGUGCUUGUGAUGAGGAUUGCUUAUUCUUCGGUGACUGUUCUAAAGAUUACCUAUACUACUGUAGCGAUGAUAGCGAAACAAGUAACAAGAACCUAGCCGCGUCCAUCAUUCACCAACGCCAUCGUUCUUUAAGUGGUACAACCAAACCACGAUGGAGUUGCAUCGCAAAUCCAGACAGUGCUGAACCAUCAUCAGAAGGAAUAUUAGCUGUGGCAUCCUGCCCGCCAUCGUGGUCUUCUGAUGAUAUCAGAAGAAAAUGUGAAGUGCCCGGUGCAGUGCGCAAAUUGGUUGGUGACGACACAGGUUACGUAUACGCCAGCCGGUUCUGUGGAAUUUGUAAUAUGGAUGUUACUGACAGUGAAAACAAUACAACAGAAUCGAAUUCUACAUUUUCGUUGUGUGCCAGCUCAUCUGAAUCAACUACUAAUUGUUCGUUAGAGUUUUUGGUAGAGGAGGUCAGUGAGAUAUCCGUUGAACUGCGCCCAUGCUCUCUACGAUUGUUGGACACGUGCCCACAUGAUAAACCCGAAAAACUUGUAUUGGGUUGUAGUGCUUUUAUUGAUGUAAUUAUAUAUGGCGCACAUAUGUAUAAAAAUAACAUGUGCCUAAAUUGUUAUUGGCCUUGUUAUAAUUGUAAUACCGUUCUACCUGUAUAUGGCAUUGUCUUCGGUGUACGACCAGUACCGAAUGGACAUUUCCUCGAUGAACCUAGAUAUAUCCUCGAUGAACCUAGAUAUAUCCUCGAUGAACCUAGAUAUAUCCUCGAUGAACCUAGAUAUAUCCCCGCUAAGGUAUUAAAUUUAGAAAUUCAUCCAAAAUUGUGUAUCGAAAAUGAAUAUUACGAUGAGGUAACAACAAAAUGUCAACGAUGUAAUAAUGGAAUGAUCGUUAGCGUGUCUGUGUACAUAUCGAUUUUAAAUACCGGUAAAAAUAUAGGCCUAUUUGAUCUCGAGCUACUAGGUGACUUCGGCCUAAAAUCAUCAGACAAGCUGGGGCCGAUUGAAGGCAACGGUUCUGGCAACUAUCAGUAUGAAGAAAUAAAUGAGGAGGAUAAUCGUGGAUUGGUAGACGAAGAAAGGAAUGUAUGUAUCACAUGUAGACCUAAGAUCUUUGGGUCCGACACCCCGGUUGACGAUGGAUACUCUGAUGAGGGUUGGGUUACAUUGACAAUCAAUAAUUCAAAAUUGUCAUGCAGAGUUUUGCGAAACUAUCUUGUAAAUGUAACGAAGGAACACAGGGCUUUAUUAUUUUAUAACAGAACAUUGACUAUAGUGAACGUAACUGUUUGUAUAAUAUCUUUAGUGGCGCUACUCAUAUCUAUAUUAACCCUAUGUUGUUUCCCUUCGCUUCUCAACUUGCCAGGUAUCUGCCGGUUGUGUCUAAUGUUAUCCCUUUUCUUAGCACAAUUUAUAAUGCUUACAAUUGCCUAUGUAACUAAACCAGAAAUCGUUUGCAUUGUAACGGCUGCCAUUAUGCACUUCUUCUGGCUGGCUAUGUUUAUGUGGACCAAUGUUAUUGCGUUUGACCUGGCACGAGUAUUUGGAACGCAGUCCCCUCGGUCAAGUACAUCUAAUAAAAGACUUUUGGUUGGCUUAUAUAUGCUUUAUGGCUGGGGCAUUCCUGCAGUUGUCAUAGCAUUAUGCCUUACUCUUCACUUCAGCGGUAAAUUUGAUUUCAGGUAUGGAGGAGAAAUACUUUGCUGGUUCUCAAACCAUCGCUCUGUACUUUAUGCCUUUGGCAUUCCUGUAGCCAUUUGCAUUGUGUUCAAUUUUGUCAUGUACAUUGUAACUGUCAUUGGAAUUUGGAAAGUCCGUCGGAUUAGUGAGAUUGCUGUCAAAGAAAAUGAAAGAGGAAAGGAAAGAAUGGACGAACUAAAAAUUUAUAUCAAGUUGUCAAUCUUAAUGGGUCUGACAUGGAGUUUGGUGUUCAUUACAGUUUACAGCAGUGAAAUCAUUAUUUGGUACAUCUUCAUCAUCCUCAAUGGACUGCAAGGAUUCUUCAUUUUUAUUGCAUUUACAUGCAAACGGGAAACGUUGACAAAGUGGAAGGGAGCGUAUGCGACUUGUUUUGAAGCUCAUCCACGUUCACGGCCCAAGGUCGUAGGAAGCGGUCAGGCCAAUAAUUCACCCAUUAAUAUUGUUUGACCUUUUACCGCAGCAAUAUAGCUUUUUUAAAACAAAAUUACGCACACAAAAGUCUUUAUAUUUUCGGUAGUGGAAAAUACCAGGACGAUCUGAGGGUACAAAUCUCUGGACCCCCCGUCCGAAAAGUUGAGAAACUAUUAUUACAGUCUAAUUUAAAAAAAAAUUCUCACCUCAGCCCUCAUCAUAGUGGGCCGAGGUGGGUAGGCAAUUUCAAGCAGACAUUGGUAUAACAUAUCCCUCUUCGGGGUAGAGAGAGUGGGAGUUGGAUAGGAGGGGAAGAGGUCUUAAAGCAAGGCUUAUAGAAAACACUUAAAAAGUUAUUGUUGUUGCACAGCACUAUGGUAUAUAGGCUAUUUUAAUCAAGUAAGAGUAGAAACAGUGAAUAUAUAAUAAAUAUUGCUGCACAGCACUGAGGUGUGUGUAUAUA